AUUCUCACGCAUGGUUCGGCGAAAAGUUGUGGACACGAAACUCACUUUGCAAAGAACAAAACCAAUAGAAAUUGUAUAUAAAAAAAAGAAAGAGCAAAAGCGCCUGGAGCCAGAGGAUACAGACUACGUGUUAAGAUCAACCACCAAGAAGAUGGUCUCAUUAGACUUAAAGAUAAAUGAGAGCAAAUUAAAAGCCUCAAGAUGGAAACUUGCUAUCGAGCACACUGGCAAAGGUCUCCCUACACAUGUAUUUGAAGGGAAAAAAUCUAAAAAGAAGAAUGUAGAAAAGGAGAAAGAACUGACAGAAAAACAAAAGAAAAUGGAAGGACUGACAGCUAAACAAAAGGAUAUUUUAAGAAGACAAGAAUGGAGACGGAAGAAGAUUGAAGAGACAAGGCAAAGGAAGAAAGGAAAGAAAUCUAAAAAGAGAAGUGAAACUUGCACAACAGAAACCAAGGCCAUGGCUAUAGGUAAGAAAAAGCAAGAGUCCAGAAAUAUAGCACAAACAUGUCAACUGAAAAAGAAUGAGCAGUCCCAGAAGCCAAAUGAUACUGCGAAAAGAAAACAAAUAGGAUUAAACCAGAAAAGGAAUGCCGUGAAAGCAAACAAGAAGAAAGCCAACUUGAAGCCAAACCAGUCAAAACAAAGCCCUAGCCCUUCAAAGGUAGAACAACACGAGAAUCCCACAAAAACAAAACAGACAGUAGAUCCCGCAACAGUACAUGAGCACAAAAACGGGAAAAAGCAUCUUCUGGCUAGAGAGGAUCAUACAGAGGAAGAAACCCUCACAAAUACACAUUCAUGUAGGAAGAAGAAACAGCAACCAAGGAAGAGAAAGAUCACAGAAGAAGCAGAGACCCAGAGCAACAAUGUAAAAGAGCAACCAGCAAAAAAACAAAAAAUUGAUAAUGUAAAGAAAUUAGGGGAUUCCCCACAACUCAGUAAGCCAGUGACAGUCAAGAAAAUUAAGCAGGCCAAGCCUUUGAAGAAAACUACCUUAACAACAGAAGUAAAACUAAAGGGUGGUGUUUCAAAGUAUGAAAAGGCAGUUGGUGCUACCGCUCUAGCAGUAUACAGUAGGAGGGAAAAUGAAAGGCAACUUCUGAGAGAAGCAUUUGCAAAAAAAGCCAGUUAAUAGUCUAAAUUUAGGUGGGAAAAUGAAUUACAUGUGUGCAAUGCAAUUUUUAAAAAUAUGUUAUUUAUUUAUAAUACUUUUUCAGGUCUAUUUAACAUAUAAUGUCUUAUAUGUAAUUACUUAAUAUUUGAUAUAAUGCAAUCAGUUAAUGGGAUUUGACUUAGUUUUUAUAAACUAAACUAGGUAAUUAGAUGUCUUUGGCAAUUCAUGUUUGUCAGCCCUUGGCAAUUCAUGUUAUAAAAUGUAUAUGCAUUAAGAAAAUGUAAUUCUUGAAUCAUCACCAUGAUGUUAGUGCACCUAAAGAUAAUAAAAAGUCUAAGACUUAGAUGUUCAUAGGAUGAAUACUUAUGCUCUAUUUAAAUGAAAAUACUUUGCAACAAAUUGAUUUCACUGCUGUAGAAAGUUGCAAGUUGGCAUAUAUAUUAAGUUUAAGUGUUGAUCUGUAUAGUUGAUAUUAAGUACAAAAUCCUGUAAAAAUAUUUUUGGGACACUUUUUAAUAGUUAUCUUGUGAAUAUACAUUUCUUACUCUGAUACUUGUUCACACUUUUUGUAUGGAAAGAAUUUUGAAAUUUCAUAACUUGUUGACAAAUUUGUGCACACAAACAAUAAAAAGAUUUAUGCUGA